AUGUCAAAAGAACUUACAGACCACCAAGACGAGUUGGAUGAGUCUUAUACAGACGUUAAGAAAUGUUUUGAACGUAUGCAAAUUAAAAAACAUCAAUACGUUUCUUUAGUUCAACUUAUACUUCCACACAAUUAUGAUAAUAUAGACGAUAAUGACGCAAUAAAUACACUUAAUGAUAUUAUCAAAAAAGCAAACUCCAACGAAUCAAUUUGUUUAGAUUAUAAUAAAGAAUUAGAGAAUGUGAGGGCAACUUUAAUGGAUGUCGUGUCGAUUAUACAAACACACAAAAAAGAAUGUGAAGAACGCCGAAUAAAAAUUGUUAUUUUUCGAAACGACGUGAUCGCCAAAUUGAUCGAACGAGAGAAGCACAAGAUGGAAACUGAGAUUCAAAUUAACAAUAAAAGAAAACAAAGACUGACAUCACAAUUUGAAACACUAAAACAAGACCUAGAGAGGAAAUUUGUUUCAACAAACAUGAGCUCGGGCCAAGCCCGAACAGAGCCCGACCUUUUUCUUUAUAAUAAUAAUAAUAAUUUAGAUUUAAAUGUGAUACUCAAUGACCACGAAAAUUCAACACCGACAUUAUUAUGUUUUAACAACCCUUUAGAAAACAACACAAACUCGGAAUAUGUAUCAAAUUUGAAUAACACCGACUUUAGAAAUAUCUCACAAAAAACACCACAAGAAAAGGAUAUCAUGUUAUUUGAAAAACAAGAACCAAUUGAUUUGGCCCCAGAAAACUCAGUCUGUAAAGAGUCAAAAGAACGUUCUGAAUAUAUUCAAACCAUUGGAACUGAUAAAACUCACACCGCCAGCAAACACGCAAAAAUCAAAACACCCGAAAUUGUAAUGAACAAAAACAAUGACAAAAAAACACCAAACAGCUUGAACGCCACAGACGAACAAACACUGGUCGAAUGUUGUGAUGAUAAAAUAAACUCAGAAACGGAAGACUUGUCUGGGAAUGUCACAUCAAAUCAAGACUUUAAUGUACUUAUUGAUUUGAACAAGCGACCCACACAAAACACGACCAACAUUUCCGUUCAAACUCAACGACGAGAGAAUUUAAAAGACGCUCAAUAUGAAAAUUCAAAAAAAGGCGACAGUUCAAAUGGGUCGACUGAUUCGAAGAAACAAAAACGUUUAUUUUACAUCCCACCCGUCUCACAAACAGACCAAUCGGUUUAUACCCCAUUCAAAACAACAAGAUGCAUCCCACACUUACAAACAUUAAUAAAAUCAAAUGAAGGUGUCUUGGGGGAGAAAGAGAAACUCUGCAUAUCUGAGUGGACCGGCAGAUCCGUCGGGGAGAGCGUCUUUAAUUCUAAUACUGAUCCUUCCAGUCGUGGGAGUAAGACGUUCUUCCAGCGCAUCACACAGUGCUUUAGUGGGUUUGUAGUAGUUGUCGAGCACGAGAAUGAUGUCUUUGGGGCGGUUGUGUUCAAUCGUGUAGUGAAUGAAGGGGUCGAAGUGAGUGAUAAUAAUGCCUUUACCUUUGUUUUAAGAGAACGUGGAGUGGACAAGAAAGAGAAAUAUAACAUCAAAACUGCGUGUGUCAAAAACGCAUUUUGCGUUGGGACGCGGGAAGGGAGAAAACUCUGUGAAGUCGGGAAUGGCGAUUUAAAAGUGUUGAGAAAAGUACAAGGAAUAAUGACGUGUAGCUCCUCUCAAUCUUCUUUUGAAUAUGGACCAAAUCACACCAUUUUCGCAACUAAAAGUAAGGAGGGCUUUUUCCCAAAAGUGUUUGCCGUGUAUAAACUUGAAACACAGAAACGUGGAAGACCAAAAAAGUUGAAACCACAGCCGUAA